GUCUUAAUUUUCCGACAUGCAACAUGGCUGAUUAUGGUAGCGAAAAUUAUUCAAACUACGGUGGAAAUCGAGGAUAUGAUAACGACUAUAAUCAAAGAGGUUAUGGUGGAGGGCGAUCAGGAGGAAAUAGUUAUGGUCAAGGUCGUGGACGAAAGCCUUUACCUACAGAACCCCCAUAUACAUGUUAUGUAGGGAACCUCCCUUCUGGCAUUGUACAAGGAGAUCUUGAAGAAAUCUUUCAGGACUUAAAGGUCAAAAGUGUACGUCUUGUCCGUGAUAAAGAAACAGACAAAUUUAAAGGAUUUGCCUAUGUGGAGUUUGAUGAUGUUGAUUCACUGAAGGAAGCAUUAACAUAUGAUUCUGCUCUAUUUGAGGACAAAAAUUUACGUGUAGAUGUGGCGGAGUCCCGACAGGGGGAUCGACGUGGAGGCUACCGGGGUGGUAGAGGGGGAGGUCGUGGAGGUGGACAUGAUGGUGGCUACCGAGGAGGUCAUGGCGAUAGACCAGGAGGCAGAGGUGGUUACCGUGGUGGUGGUGGUGGUUACCAAGGUGACCAUGGCGACCGUGGAAGUUACAAUGACCGUCCAAGAGGAGGGGGAUAUAAUCGCUAUGACGAUGGCCCUGGUAGGAGGAGACAAAACAGUGGAGGGCAAAUGGAGUUACGGGAACCUUCCCCAGAAUCAGCAGCAGCCCGGCCAAGACUCAAGUUGGCUCCAAGAACAGUCAAAGAACCUGUAGCAAGCAAAGCAGAUGCCACUCGCAAUUCAAGCAUUUUUGGUACAGGCAAAGCUAGAGAUGAAAAUAGUGUUUCUUCUGAAAAUCGAUCACGAACCACAAGUGAAAACAGCAACAGGUAGAAAGGAAGGCUGACACAUGUACAUAGAGCCAAUAAAUAUAUGUAAAGUUGCUGUCAUAAAAGGGGAAGUUUCCUUGUCUCAUGUAAGUGCUAACCAUAGACAAGGCCAAUCAAUUUUUAAUUGGUUGUCUGUGGGUCAUGUGACUCUUGUUUUGACAUUUUCACCCAUUCAUGACAUUAUUGAUUGCAGUAGAAACCUCUGUACAUACCAUAUCUAUGCCAUUCACAGUUGUUUUUGUCAAUGGGAUUUAAAACUGGCUGAUGUGUUGUUAACAAAUCAAAUACAAUCGUUCCCUUGAUUUAGUAUGACAAUUCUGCUGCCAAAAUCUGAUUCUAAAUUUGAUCAAUACAUACAAAAAAAAUCACGAUUUUAUUUUUUGAAAUUAAUUCAGAAAUAACUGGUUGUAUUUUGUAAAUAGAAAAUGUUAAAUGUCAUGCUCUUUUUUAACAGAUUUACAAAUAUUGAUUUUUUUUUUGUGAAUUAAAGAGUAACUUUGAAGCAGCACGAUACACAUAUGGAGAUGUUAGUCUGUUAUGUUGUUAUAAACAUUUUACAGAGCUGUUUUCAUGAACAUUAACUGUUCUAUCAUUUUAUGAACGUUCAUCUGUUAUUCCUGAUAAUGUCCUGGAUAUUGUUUUCUCAUCAUAUGAUGUAUGAAUCGUUAGUGUCAAAGUCACUGAUACUUGUAUCAAAUUCUAUAUUUUGAUUCUUACAGAUGAUUUUUUGCAUACAGAAUGCAAUAGUUUUUCCUUUUAUAUUUACUUACAACUGAAUUGGUUUGGACAUUUUCUAAAUUAGUUUUAUAAUAAUUUUUCAGUGUCAGAAUCAUAUCGUCAUAAGAUACAAGGUGACUUAGUUGCCACAGAUGACCGUUUAUUUCGGUAUUUUUACAGUUUUUUGAAGCAGAUCUUAAAGGGCAUGUAUCUCACCGUUUUAGUUAACUUUCUCCAGGAUAUUGGGAACACUCAUCAUGUAGAAUUAGUCUGUCAGAUGUCGGCAAUAUUCUGCUGGUGAAUUAUGCCCCUUUUAGGAGAAGAAUUGUAAAAUUCUCCAGACGAGAAGCAAGUAUUAAUAUGUUUAAUUGCUGCUUGUUGCUUGUAAUUUAUAUGACAAAAUGUGUGCAUGUUUGUGUGGUACAGUGUUAUCAUUUUUCAGCAUAAACUGCCAUUUAUCAACCCCUUUCUUGUAGUCACAGGCAACUUUCUGUCCAGAAUGUCACUAUAGCCUUACGAGAAUGACUGCAAGGUUGCUCUGGUAUGCUGUGGAUCAGCUGGACAGAAAGUUACCUGUGUUUGUGCAAUCUGAAGUUAUUCUAGGAAUGUUUCUGAUGGUUACGUUAUAGAUCAGACACUUUUAAUCAGUUGGAAUACUUGUGUUCAAAGUUGUCACAGUUUGAAACAUUAUUAAACAUAUUAUUCAAACUUUAUUAAACACAUUAUUCAAACUUUCAUUGAAUAUUCCUUUAUUAUAAGGGUAUAACUGUGUGGCAUCACUGUUCCUUUAACAGCUCUAAUUGUCUGGAGAUUUGAUUUUUUUUUCAUCUGUUCAGCAAAUGAGUAGUCUGGUAUUGGUUUUUGUCAGUAAUUCAUUGCAUUGCUUAAUUGUCAUAGGCAAAAAUUUCAUUUUAUAUAAGGAAACAAUAUGGAGAAGGGUUUGUUUUGAAAGGAACUGAAAAGAACUUCUUGUAAUUUUUAUUUUUUUUGCAGAUUUGAAAUCUAUUAAAUGAUAAAAAGUUUCAAGAUGUUUUCUUUUAUUAGUCUAAUUGGUAGGGUUCUGAUGUCUGUCCUGUAGGUGUCUGCCUCUCUGAUCCAAAACAUGGUUAUUUGUAGUUACCAAGGAUACUAUUGUGAAUAUUUUAAAUUUCAAAUCCUUUCUUUCACUGUUGACUCAACUACACCCAAUCAACCACCUCUUCAUACUACAUUUUACCCUAUCUCUUCUCAGCCAAAGGGAAAAUUGAAUAAACGUUGAAAAAGUUCAGGUUUGUUUUAUGGUUUGUUGUAUUUUAAAUGGCAGUUUUGGUUUAUCGUUUGAUUGGUGCUUUCAAAAAUAAAUAUAGAUUAACACUAAAUUAUCAAGAAAAAUGAUGAAUCCCUUGCCUGGACCAGGGUUGGGGUAAAAAGUGAGUAUUUGUCAUGACAUUUAAUUUUGCUCCAGUGUUAAAAUCUUUUAGAUCUUAUGAAAAUAUGUGUAUAUUGUGUUUGUGUGGUGUCUGAAAAAUUCAGGUUACAUAUUAACUUUGAUUUAAAUAUUCCUUAAAGUCAUCAAUUUGUUUGAUAUUUUCAUUAUGUACUCAAAACCUAUCUCCUUGAAUUACUUGAAGAAAAUUAAGAUCAACAUUUUUGAGUGUUUUAUCAGUUUUUUUCGGAAAAAAUUGUAAAUAAUCUGUACCGAUUAUGUAUUUGUCCAAAUAAGGUUUUUGCUAUGAUUCAGAUUAUGGCUGUCAGUUGUUCCCAUUGGUGUGAAACCAUGCUUGGCUGUGUAUUGUGUACAUGAUUUAACCGAGUGUGACAUUUCCAGCUUAUUUUAAUGAAAUAGGCAAUCUCAUUGAGCAGCAAGAAGAAGCCUUCCUUCAGUAGAUUGAUAGCACAAGUCAGUGCAAUUACCUGAGGCCAGUCUCAAUGUGUUGAUGUGUUCACAUGUACAAAGACAUUAUAUUUGUACAAUAAUGAACAGUGUAAUUUUAGCAGAAAAGGCUUUUAUUUAAAGGCACUUUUUGGAAUGCUUCUUCAGCUUAACAAUUUAAUGCAUUGGACAAUAUUUGUAGUCCUUACAACUGACUUGAUGUUCACAUUAUUGGUUAUCUGGUAAGUCAUGGGCUUCUGGAGAAAAGCUGUGCAACCGAGAAGGAAAAUAAAGAUGUAAAUGUAA